UCGAUAAUCAUUGACACCGUUGUAACGCCAGCGCACUAGAUCAAGGUUUGUACAUCACUUACGACUUUAAGCACCUUCCGUUCGGCAGCGCUUCCGGACAUUGAAUUGUGAGCUGCAGUUCUUCCUCUCCGUGCCUAAUAGUUCGAAACAUGGAGACAUUUCGCAUUGCUUCUAAUAAACGAUGUACGUGUUUCAUUGUUUUAUCAUUUCGUCUAAGUUCCUUUUUUUAUUAGAUUUUGAAAUGAUACCUAGAGCUCUAAAUUUUUAAUAUUUGCCAAGUGUAAACUCUUCAUUUGCCAAACCAAGUCUUCCACACAUAUUUCAUAUACCGCUAAUGGCAUUCACAUGGUUUACCGUCAACGAAGUCACGGCACAGGUAUUUUGCGACAACUUCACAUGACGCACAUGACAAGCAGCCACAAGUUUCAACUGCAGUGGAAGGGGCUGAGAAAAAUAACGCUACUCAGCCUUGCAGCAAAGUGCAUCGGAGCUAGUCGCGUUACCUAAGCCGCCCCACCAUCAGAUCGAAAGUAGUUGCGGCUGCUGGCUAGCUUGCUGGCACUCUUCACUAGCGAAUCAUUUGUAGUUAAGGUAUCGUUCGCGAAUGUCAUGCAGCGAUUCAUUGGUUGGAAGUGGCACAAGCUCGGAUAAAAUCGACAGUCAACCGCAGGUCAUCUCGAUCCUUCCGAUUGGUCCACUGGCUCAUCUAUCACCAAUCAACCACGAACGUGCCGAACGAUCCUUCCAUCGACAAGUGGAAAGUGUACAUUCCGGCAAUUCCAGGCGAUGGGCUGCUGUCGGUGGUAUCUGGUGGUGGGAUUAGGUUUGGGAAAAGUAGGAACAGGAUUGAUAUUUCUGUUCGCUUGGAGGGACAUUUUCGACAUACUGGUGACAGAGGAAAAAUCACUUCUACCUGGAUCCACGUUGUACAAAGAAUGGCGUCGUCCUACGGAGCGUCCAAGCUGGCAGUUCUACGUGUACAACUGGAGCAAUGCGCAGGCGAUUCUAGAGCAUCAAGCUUCAUCGGCUAGCUUUCAGGAGAUCGGACCUUUUCAGUAUGAAGAGGUCGCCGAGGUGGUAGACGUCAAGUACCAUCAAGCAAACGGUACGCUGUCAUAUCGCAAACGAACCUUCUUCCGGCCCAGUGGCCCCCACAGCACAACUACCAACGGUACCGAAUCGGAACGAAUCAUCAGCGUUAAUUUCGUCGCCCUGCUAGCGUCCCAUUUUGGCCACAGCAUGGACUACUCUGUGCAACGCGAGCUAUCCUUCAUGCUGCACAACUUCCGCCAGACCGUUACCGUGACUAGAACGAUCGGACAGCUGCUGUUUACCGGAUAUCGGGAACCCAUGAUGGAACCGUUGCGCAAGUUAGUCUGCCCCACCAAACGUCGCAGUGUGGCAUGUCAGGAUGAACGGCUUGCCUACUUUCGCUCGUUCAACGUUACCCGACGUGCUAGCGAAGUUUACAGUCUGGACGUCGGGCUGAAGGAUCGCUCGAAGUACGGAACGGUACGAUCGUGGGGCGCUGCUUCAGUACCUGCGGCGCACGGAGAGUUUCAUCCGUGCGACGGAUUUGCCGGCCUUACUGGAGAGUUUUUUCCAUCUCGCAUCGAACGCGACCAAGCUAUUGUAAUUGUUCUGCCCGAGCUCUGUCGCAGGUUAACGCUGGAGUUUGAUCGCGAACAGCUCGUGGCUGGUAUUAUGGGUUUCCGAUACGCGGUGCGGUUAGUACGUCCGUUCCGCUCUGCACAGAUGUCGGAGAGCAACAUGCAGAGCUGUCCGGACACGUCCAUCCGGUUGGGAAGAUAUGGUAUACUGAACACGAACGAGUGUAACGGAUUCCCACUGUACGAAUCGAACCAAGCGCAUGUUUCCAGCAAUGAAAGUACUUCGUUCUCUUCAGACAGUGACCUGUUGUACUAUUUGCUGGAACCUACCACGGGAACGGUAAUCGAGUCAAACAUUGAUCUAACGUACCACACGUUCCUGCGCCCAAACGAGCAUAUUGCGCUGUUUCAGAGCGUUCCCGAGCUGCGUAUACCACUGUUUCGUUUUGCUCGGUACUAUCGAUUGAGCGAGCUGAAGGCAGCAAAGCUUCGGCAGUUGCUGCAUCUACUCGACGUUGGGCAUCAGAUAGCGCUGGCUGGUUGCGUCGCGGGCCUUACGAUCAUUUUGUUAGCGGUAGUGUAUGCCUGCUGGAAGGCGCAACGGCCGAGCAAAACUAAUAACGAUCAAUACCGCAUCAUUGGUAUGCAGUUGAGCGAUGGUGGGCGUGAACAUAAUUUAUUAAAGUAAUACAUUUAAAGCAAUAUACUAUGCAAA